AUGGCGGCGCCGUCGCGGGGGCGGCUGUGGCUGUCGCUGUUGGUGGUGCUGACGGGGAGCGGAGCGGCGUGGGGCUGGCAGCAACAAGAAAGAGUCCUGUUGCGAGAUGUGCAAGCCCUGACGCUCUACUCUGGCCGGUACACCAGUUCCCGGCGGACAUCUCCAAUCCCCCAGUUGCAGUGCACCGGAGGCACAGCUGGAUGUGCAGCGCACACCCCUGACGUUGCCCAGUGUUACAAUAAAGGCUGGGAUGGCCAUGACGUACAGUGGGAGUGCAAAGCGCAGAUGGAUCCUUCGUACCACUUUGGAAGGAUUGACGUGAGCUGCGAAGGCUACGAUUACCCGGACGACCCUUACGUGCUGAAGGGCUCAUGUGGCCUGCAGUACACUCUAGAGCUGAGUAAAGACGGGCAGCAUAAGGCCAGCUACUUCGGCGGCAGUCCCCACUCUGCUACUGCUCACGAUUCCAUCGCUUCCGGGGCUGGAUUGGUCCUGAUAGUGUUGUUUGUGGUGCUUGUGUAUGGCGUUUAUAAGCUCUUCCUCUGCGACAACCGGCCACAGCAUGGAUUCUCUUACGGUGACGGGCCAUCGGGAACCUACGGGCAGGGUCAUCAGAACCCACCUACACCAGGAUUUAAAUCAAGUUUCACAGGAGCUGCCAGUGGUUUCGGUUCGGAUUCAAGUUCAGGACCGGGUUUCUGGACCGGAUUAGGUGCCGGAGGGCUGCUGGGAUAUCUAGCUGGCAACCGAAGGUCUCCUUCAUAUUCUCCAUACCACAAUACGUGGACUACUCCGACUGCUCCACCUCCUGGAUUUGGGCCUUCAUAUGGCUCUGCGACCACGAGUUCAGGGACAAGGACAACUUCAGUUUGCUGGCGUCGGCCCGCAACCACGCUCGGCGAGAGCGGCGCGCCCAAGCACCUGGCCGGGGCCCUGCCGCCCAUCCGGGGCCUCCGCGUCGCCCUCACGGCAGGCUCCGACCGAGGCCAGGCCUGA